CAUGGCGAUGCCAUAUCUUGCUAUAUAUAUAAAUAUAUAUAAACCAAACUGACGCCCGUGGUUAUGGGAAAUAUUGAUUAUUGUGCCAAACUGUGGGCUAUACUCCCAUUAACAUUCAAUCAGUCAUUCCGGUGCCAGCCAAUGAAUGGUGGAGAGGGAUGGAGGAGGACGGAGCUGCUAGACUGAGCGUUUUGACGCGCUGAGAGGAGGACAGAGCGUCACAUCUCUCCAAACGCCCAUCAAACUUUCACCACAGCAUGUAGAGAGGACCCAGUCCUCUGAAAGAGGCCUGUUAGAGACAACAAGGACACGCUGGAUUCUGGGUGGACGGCUGGACAGCGAUGGAGACAAUACUGGCAAUUACUUUUUGUACAGUUUGACCCUGCCGCGAUUCCCCCCGCCCCCCUGAAAACACCUUGUUUAGUUUUUUCGUGCUUUUUGCGACAGAUCGACAGGGAUGGAGCAAGCACCCAGCGCGCCGAGCCCUCCUACAAAACCGGCCCAUCACGAGCCCAUCAGCUUCGGCAUCGACCAGAUCCUGGGAGCCGGUACAGAGCCAGAAAACGGGCGCGUGUCUGGAAGACAAAGUGGAUCCGAUUUAAGCAACGGGGAUGGUUAUUACAGUUUAGGAAGCCCGACCGGGGCAAGCGCGCCCUCAUACACCGCGCUGUCUAUCUCCCUCUCCGGUAUAAUGCCUCCGGUGGAGGCGUCAGGUUCAUAUGAGGAGAGCAGGAGUCUGGGAAGCCGGGGAGUAAUUCGAGUCCCGGCCCACAGACCCAUGACAGCACCGGGACCCCCGGCCCCAGUCCAGAGCGCUGUCCCUGGGUUUGGAGGGCUAUGCUUCCCCUGGAUAGGAAACAGGUUCGCCAAGGACAGAAUAUCAGCCCUGGUGCCGUUUGCCGUUACGCGGCGGAUAGGACACCCGUACCAGAACCGGACACCGCCAAAACGGAAAAAGCCCCGCACGUCCUUCUCCAGAGUUCAGAUCUGCGAGCUGGAGAAGCGUUUCCACCGGCAGAAGUACCUGGCCAGCGCCGAGCGGGCCGCCCUGGCCAAGAGUCUGAAAAUGACAGACGCACAGGUCAAAACCUGGUUCCAGAACCGCAGGACCAAGUGGAGGAGACAGACAGCCGAGGAGAGGGAAGCGGAACGUCAACAGGCCAAUCGCCUCAUCCUGCAGCUGCAGCAGUCCGCCCUCCAGAAGUCUCUCAGCGAAUCAGCGGUCUCGGAUCCACUGUGCGCGCAUAACUCCUCCCUGUAUGCCCUGCAGAACCUCCAACCCUGGGCCGAGGAGAGGGAAUAGAGACCAGACACCACGCUGUAAUCAAUAAGCAUCAUCUGAUAUCCCUGGGAGGAUACAUGCAUUAAAUUAGGCCUACAUGAGGACAGUGGGACUUACUUUGAUCCAUGCAAUGGAUAAAAAAAAA